AUGGAAUCGGCCCUGCGUCACGGACCACCGGGCUCUCCCUCUACUCAGCUCACUGCGUUUGGUUGGGUACUGUCCGGGCAAGCUCCGGUGGACCGUGGGAUGACGACCUCACAUCGUAUUUCGGUUAACUUUGCGCGAACCAACGAGGAUCUCUUUCACGCGGUUCAGCGCCUGUGGAAGUUAGAGGAGGUUAGCUCUCAGUCGCCUCCGACUCCUGACGAGAUUUGGGCGGAGCAACAAUUUCGCGAGACGCAUUCUAGGGAUCCAGACGGACGCUACGUCGUCCGUCUACCAAGGAGAAGAGAAGGAGAAGUCAAACUCGGUGAGUCACGUCGAGCUGCGAUGACCAUACUCUUGAAUUCCGAGCGCAGACUACGCGCGAAAACGGAGCUCCGUAAACGCUACGUCGACUUUAUGGUCGAGUAUCUAGCACUUGGCCACAUGGACUUGGUAAGUCCUGAAGCUCUCACCGCACGGGAGUCGUAUUAUCUGCCGCACCACGCGUUAUUUAAGGCAGGAGAUUCCUCCAAUACGAUUCGUGUCGUGUUUAACGGGUCGUUUCGUACUACGUUGGGCUAUUCGUUGAACGACGCACUCCUGCCAGAGUUACGUCUUCAGUCGGAUCUGUAG